UUCCAGCCCGGAAAUCCCACGCCCCCGAGGAACCAGCCCAUCAAUCUGAACCACUAUGCCACCAAGAAGAGCGUGGCAGAGAGCAUGCUGGACGUGGCUCUGUUCAUGUCCAACGCCACGAGGCUGAAAGCGGUGCUGGAGCAGGGCCCCUCCUCGCACUACUACACGGCCCUCGUCACCCUCAUCAGCAUCUCUCUGCUCCUGCAGGUGGUCAUUGGAAUCCUCCUGGUGGCCAUUGCUCGGCUGAACCUCAAUGAGGUUGAAAAGCAGUGGCAACUAAACCAGCUCAACAAUGCGGCCACCACCUUGGUCUUCAUCACUGUGGUCCUCAACAUCUUCAUCACGGCCUUUGGGGCACAUAAGACAGGUUUCCUGGCUGCCAGGACCUCGAGGAAUCCUCUCUGACCACAACCUGGGGCCCAGGU